UUGGUCUCCCUUGUUUGCGUUUGGUGGAGUUUAAACUGAACUACAGGGAAGGAAACAUCAUCAGUCUCUGCGAGAAAUAGACUUAUACAUACGGAUAAAACUCUAUCUUUUCACAAACUAACAUUUUGGAUUCACGCUGGUGUAUUGGGCACGCGUCACCAUGGACAGUGCUUUUGACAACCUGGAUGCUACAGGCUUCCUACACAUAUGGCAACAUUUCGAUGUUGACAAUAAUGGUUAUAUUGAAGGAAAGGAGUUGGACAACUUUUUCAGACACAUGAUGAAAAAACUUGGGAUGAGUGAUGAAAUAACAGAUGACAAAGUUGGAAGAAUGAAAGAAAGGUUCAUGUCAGCUUAUGACACCACAGCUGAUGGUCGCCUGCAAAUCCAAGAGUUGGCCACCAUGAUGCUACCGGAGGAGGAGAACUUCCUACUACUGUUCCACAGAGAGACGCCAUUGGACAACAGUGUGGAGUUCAUGAGGAUCUGGAGAAACUAUGACACUGACAGCAGUGGAUACAUAUCAGCUAUAGAACUCAAGGGUUUCCUGCAGGACCUGUUCCUCCAGCACAGAAAGACCAUAUCCCCCAACAAACUGGAGGAGUACACCAACACCAUGAUGGAGAUGUUUGACAAAAACAACGAUGGCAGGCUGGAUUUGAAUGAACUAGCCAGAAUCUUGGCUCUAAAAGAGAACUUCUUGCUGAAGUUUGACAUGAAUGCGUGCAGUCAAGAGGACCGGAAGAGGGACUUUGAGAAGAUAUUUGCUCACUAUGAUGUGAGUAAGACUGGUGCUUUGGAGGGUCCUGAGGUGGACGGCUUUGUCAAAGACAUGAUGGAACUGGUCAAACCUAUCAUUAGUGGAACAGACCUGGACAAGUUCCGCAAGCUGCUCCUGGGUCACUGUGACAUGAACGGUGAUGGAAAGAUCCAGAAGAAUGAACUGGCACUGUGCCUCGGCCUGAAAUACUCCAGUUAAUAGUCCUCCACGGGAAGAAUGACAGACAUUUUCAUUGCCCUAGUUAGCACCACAGGCUAACCGCUAACUCACUGAUAGCAUGUCGCAAUGCCAUAGCUAAUACCUUUUGGACAACCCAAGAGCAUUGCAUGAUGGCUGGUUGAAAGGAAGUUGUUGCAUAGAGUAGUUGUGGUUUUGUGAUCCUUCAUUUUGUUUGACUGUAUCUGUUUAUGACAAUUAUGAUUAGCUUUGAGAGUGUUGUGUGUGUGAUCCAUGCACGUUGCAUAUGCCUAUAACUUGCAGACAUGUAGUGGUGAUGUAAG